AGAAUUUAGGUCUCUAGUCUCCAUCAAGAUCAAUCCACGUGAUUUACGGCUGGGUUUAACCUCGAAAUCAACGCCAAAUGUAAAUACAGGAAUCGGAGCGAUUUCGAAGAGUUAAAGAUCAGACGGAAGAGGAUUAAAUUUCUACCGGCGUGUGAUUUAAUUUCGAGGGAAGAUGCGGUCAAGCAUCAUCUUCAUGAAAUGGGCCAGGUCUCCCCAGAAUGAGAACAAAGUGCCCUUUAAAGCAAUGCUACCGUUGAAAUUAAGGAAUCAUGUGACUGGAAAGGGCAGUAAAUCGCAAGAACAAGGAUGUCUUCAAGAAGCCACUCUGGUUCUUUCCUGUCUCGUAGAGAACAACUACGAAAACCAAAAGUGUACGAAAGAGACCGAGAAUUUUCAGAAUUGUUACAAAACAUACCUGAAGAAUAAGAAAUUUUCCAAAGAGCAGGCACUAAAGGGAAUUCUCACCCCUGGGAGUACAAAUCUCAAAUUCGGCCAGGUCAAUCACUUAUUGCGCAAGUUUCCACACACAUGAACAUCGCAAUUUUACUAAAUUAUUGUUAUACUGUACAAAAAUUCUUGUAGACCAAUGUCAAAUAUAAAAUGGAAAGUGAAAAA